ACGCCCCCCGCGUCUGUACGUACUGAGGACUCAUCCUCAUGUCAGCCCAGCCUCGUCUUUAUUGUCGAUUUGACAAACUCAACCUCCUUGAUUAUUUCCAAGCAUACCCAGCGUCAGGAACAGCGUGAAAUUGCGCUUUAGCAGAAGACAUGGUCAUUUUUGGUGGUUUGGAGAUUGUUGCAGCUGGCUACGUGCUGCAUGAGCUUGGUAAGGAUGAGGAAAAGGCCAGGGCAUUGAGAGAACAACGUCGGCGAAGAACUGGUUCGCAUUCUCAUUCACAUCACCGUCGAGAUUCGGACUCGCGUCCUCGACCUCAUCGCCCGUCACAACCUGGGCUCGCACCUCCCAACUUAGGACCUCCACGCCCAAGUAGUGCGCCGCCUCAGCAGAUCUAUGGCCCCGGGCAGCAGGCUCCCCCUCCCGGACCAUGGAUGAAUCAACCGCAACGACCACCUCCACUUCCUCUCCCAAAUCAACAGAUGCCAUCUUCUCAAGGACCUCCACAUCCCCAGUCUUGGUCUCAACCACCUGGACCAAGGCCUUUGUAUCUUGCGAGCGAGUAUCCUCAAGACCCUCGUCUCCAACAACGCCCGCCGCAGCAACAACCGCAACAGCAGCAGCAGCAGUUCCAGCAACGGCCUCCAUCAGCUCCCGUCGCCCAGAGCCAGCCGCCUCCUGCUCCUGGAAAUCUCCCACACCGACCGACAAUGUACUACGAUACAAAGACGGGGAAAUGGCAAUCGGACAUGCUCCCGCCCGACAUGCCACGGGCAGGAAGUGUCCCAAUCGCAAGCACUCGUGAACCAUAUGGUCCUACUCCUUCUGGUCUCCGCCGAGAACGACGUGCAUCAUCACCACGGCCGUAUCGUCGCUAUGACACGGACAGUUCGUCCUCGGACUCUUAUGACGAAGACCUUGCGUAUGGAAAACCUCCCGGCCAAAGGCGCAAAGAUCGAAGUUGGCGACGUGAAAGAAGUGUCGAACGUCGACGACCGGUCGAUCCCGCGCCAAUGAACCAGGCUCAGAGAGACUGGCGUGCCCCUGUCGAAUUGGCCGGAAACAACCCUCAACCUGGCGGGUCUAGACCGCAAAACUACUCUGACUCAAUGCCCGUGGAGAUGCCGCAUCAAAUGAGAUAUGAAUUGCCUUGAGAGCGAUACAAAGAAGCUCCGAGGGUUUGUCUGCCGGUCAGACGAGCUCGAUGGGAUGCAUAACGAAAGUUAAUGACGACAAUGUGUCAGAUGAAAAUGUGGAUAUCAUUUAUACGCCAUGGCUUUGGUCGAUCGAUUGAUCAGAAUCUACAGAUAUAUCUAUCGCUAUGAAUACGCAUGCGAUUAUUGAGAAGUCGAGAUUUGAAGGCUGAAUCUGUAUCGUGUUCGUUCUUGUUAUUGAGAAGACUACGACUAGUCGAUGAUUCCGUACUCUGCUCUGGAAGAGUUGUAUGGACAAGUAUAGCAUAAAGGUUUCUAUAUCAUGAUUUCAUCCCUUAAAAAAGGCAACGG